AUCUUGGACUUAUGGGACCAUCCCCUCUGCAGCCUCAGUUGCACCAAGCGAAGGCCCAAUGUCUACUCGGGGAAGUGGGGAGAGACGGGGGGAGGAGGGAGGGGAGGGAGGGGGGGUAGGGAGAGACGGGGGGGGAGGGAGAGACGGGGGGGAGGGAGAGACGGGGGGGAGGGAGAGACGGGGGGGGAGGGAGAGACGGGGGAGGGAGGGAGAGACGGGGGGGAGGGAGAGACGGGGGGGAGGGAGAGGCGGGGGGGGAGGGAGAGGCAGAGGGGGAGGGAGAGACGGGGGGGGAGGGAGAGACGGGGGGGAGGGAGAGAGGGGGGGGGAGGGAGAGACGGGGGGGGAGGGAGAGAAGGGGGGGGGAGGGAGAGACGGGGGGGAGGGAGAGACGGGGGGGGAGGGAGAGACGGGGGGGAGGGAGAGACGGGGGGGGAGGGAGAGACGGGGGGAGGGAGAGACGGGGGGGGAGGGAGAGACGGGGGGGGAGGGAGAGAGGGGGGGGGGAGAGACGGGGGGGGGGGGGGGGGGGGGAGGAGGGGGGGGGGGGGGGGGGGGAGGAGAGACGGGGGGAGGGAGAGACGGGGGGGGGAGGGAAGAGGACGGGGGGGGAGGAGAGACGGGGGGGGAGGGAGAGACGGGGGGGAGGGAGAGACGGGGGGGAGGGAGAGACGGGGGGGAGGGAGAGACGGGGGGGGAGGGAGAGACGGGGGGGAGGGAGAGACGGGGGGGAGGGAGAGACGGGGGGAGGGAGAGACGGGGGGAGGGAGAGAGACGGGGGGGGAGGGAGAGACGGGGGGGAGGGAGAGACGGGGGGGGAGGGAGAGACGGGGGGGAGGGAGAGACGGGGGGGAGGAGAGACGGGGGGGAGGGAGAGACGGGGGGGGGAGAGACGGGGGGAGGAGAGACGGGGGGAGGGAGAAGGGGGGGAGGGAGAGACGGGGGGGAGGGAGAGACGGGGGGGGAGGGAAGACGGGGGGGGAGGGAGAGACGGGGGGGGAGGAAGAGACGGGGGAGGGAGGAGGGGGGGAGGGAGAGACGGGGGGAGGGGAGAGACGGGGGGAGGGAGAGACGGGGGGGAGGGAGAGACGGGGGGGGAGGGAGAGACGGGGGGGGGGAGGGGGGGAGGGAGAGACGGGGGGGGGAGGGAGAGACGGGGGGGGAGAGAGGGGGAGGAGAGACGGGGGGAGGAGAGAGACGGGGGAGGGAGAGAAGGGGGGGGAGGGAGACGGGGGGGGAGGGAAGAGACGGGGGGGGGAGAGAGGGGGGGGGAAGAGGACGGGGGGGGAGGGAGAGGACGGGGGGGAGGGAGAGACGGGGGGGAGGGAGAGACGGGGGGGAGGGAGAGACGGGGGGGGAGGGAGAGACGGGAGGGGGGAGGGAGAGACGGGGGGGAGGGAGAGAGACGGGGGGGGGAGAGACGGGGGGAGGGGAGAGACGGGGGGGGGGAGGGAGAGACGGGGGGGGGGGAGGAGAAGACGGGGGGGGAGGGAGAGACGGGGGGAGGGAGAGACGGGGGGGGGGAGGGAGAGACGGGGGGGGGAGGGAGAGACGGGGGGGGGAGGGAGAAGACGGGGGGGAGGAGAGACGGGGGGGAGGGAGAGACGGGGGGGGAGGGAGAGACGGGGGGGGAGGGAGAGACGGGGGGGGGAGAGACGGGGGGAGGGGAGAGACGGGGGGGGAGGGAGAGACGGGGGGGAGGGAGAGACGGGGGGGAGGGAGAGACGGGGGGGGGAGGGAGGAGACGGGGGGAGGAGAGACGGGGGGAGGGAGAGGGGGGAGGGGAGGGAGAGACGGGGGGGGAGGGAGAACGGGGGGGGGAGGGAGAGACGGGGGGAGGGAGAGACGGGGGGGGGAGGGAGAGACGGGGGGGAGGGAGAGACGGGGGGGGGGGGAGAGACGGGGGGGAGGAGAGACGGGGGGGAGGGAGAGACGGGGGGGAGGAGAGACGGGGGGGGAGGGAGAGACGGGGGGGAGGGAGAGACGGGGGGGAGGGAGAGACGGGGGGGGAGGGAGAGACGGGGGGGAGGGGGACGGGGGGAGGGAGAGACGGGGGGGGAGGAGAGACGGGGGGGGAGGGGGGGAGGGACGGGGGGAGGGAGAGACGGGGGGGGAGGGAGAGACGGGGGGGAGGAAGAGACAGGGGGGAGGGAGAGAAGGGGGGAGGGAGAGAACGGGGGAGGGAGAGACGGGGGGGGAGGAGGAGACGGGGGGAGGAGACGGGGGGGAGGAAGAGACAGGGGGAGGGAGAGAAGGGGGGGAGGGAGAGAAGGGGAGGGAUCAUGCAUGGCUUGCAUGGCUUUGAUUCUUGAGUCGACUCAAAAGUGAU